AUGUCGACCGGCACAUCUAGUUCUACAGCGUUGGCGGCAGAAAAUGUUACAGAAAUUGAGGCAUCAUCAUCAUCAUCACCACCAGCAGCUGUGGUUGGAACCGCGACGAUCAUGAGUAAAAAAUCACGCAAAUCUUUGAAAUCAUUGCUGGCGGAUGGCGCCAGUGGUCCUUUUAAAGUGGCGGCUGGUGUCAGUACCAGCAAUCGUGUACCCAAAUGUGCCCGCUGUCGUAACCAUGGCUGGAUUUCGGAAUUACGCGGCCACAAGAAACACUGCACCUAUAAGAAUUGCCGUUGUGCCAAAUGUGUUUUGAUAUUCGAACGACAGCGUAUUAUGGCGGCUCAGGUUGCCCUGAAGCGCCAGCAAGCUGUUGAAGAUGCCAUUGCUUUACGAUUGGUAGCCACAAAGACCGGACAACAAUUGGAUGCAUUGCCUCCGGGUAGUAUUUUUGGUCUGAACGGUGAACAACUAAAAACAAGCGACCUUAACUCAACUCUGGAAACUUCAACAGUUGAAGAUUUAAGUUUGCCAAAUAAACAACAGCAGCAACAACAACAACAACAAACCGAAGAAGUGGAAGAAAUAACUAAACCCCCAAAUGGCCUAAAACCAAAAUCAUAUAAUUCAAUAAAAACAACAAAAACCAACAUCGUUUUGACCACCAUGGAUAGCAAGCCUAGAGAGGAAAAUACAACCCCCCUUGCUAUGGCCAGUGAAGGCCAACACCACGUCUCACAAAAUGCCAUUGAAAUGUUGAUGCAAAUAUUUCCCCAAAGAAAACGUUCGGUGUUGGAAUUAAUUCUCAAACGUUGCGAUUCGGAUUUGAUUAAGGCCAUUGAAAAUAUUUCGAGUAAUUUUCGUGAACAUAAGGAUAUUAGGGAGAUGGAUGCGGGACUGCUGAAUCGCAGUGAGCCGGGCAUGAAGAGUGCCUUUAAGCCGGUUUAUUCUUCGGCGGGAAAUGUGCACUCCCAGCCCCCUUUGAAUUUAUCCAAUAAUCUUUGUGCCACUGCCGCAUCGACGCCAAAUGCCUAUCCGAAGUGGUUUGUUCCUCUCACCUUUCCCAUAACAUUUCAGGGUCAUUUGGCCCCAGCUUUACCACCACCAACGCUGCCAUCUGUGGGUGCCCGUUGUACCCUACCAAAUUGUUCCUGCUUGGACAUGGGUUAUCAGUUUAAUUGUUCUUAA